AUGAAAGCAUAUGAUCAUCUCGCCAUGCAGUGUCGGCUCCUGUAUGAGCGCAUGGCUGAGGUGAACGACUCGAAGGCGUGUCCGUCGGACCUAGUUGGUGUAGUUGGCACUAUUGUAUACGCGGCUGAGGUGUUGUUAGACUUGCCGGGUAGUGAGCAGCUCGUAGAGGUUCGGCGUCAACUGGGCCUCAAGUUUGGCGAGAAGUUCUCUCUUGUGGCGGUGUAUCAGCCCAAACGAUAUGAGGUGUUUGAUGUUAUCGAGAGAAUAGCUGUUGAGAACAAGAUUCUGUGGUUGCGGCCAGUAGAUAGCAAGCGACCACCGGACAUGUCAGCUCGUGUACGGGCUUCGAUUUAUAACUCUGCUGGCUCUCCAUCGCUUGUGGCUGGGGACUUGCCGGAUGAUGGCAAAUCGGAGACUAUCACCUAUAGGAGGUCGAUUGUGAAGCAGAGUAAUGCCUUGAUCUCGAUGGGGACGAAACCCCGCCUGCAUCACGCUUCGCUCCGCCUCUACCCUCACAUUUGA